AUGUCGAAGAUUAAUCAUCUGCGCAAGCUCCUGCCAAGGGAGAAGGGACUGAGCAUGCCGUAUCUGGAAACGGACUCGUCGACAAAACGGCGGCGAGUUUCUUUGGCCUGUACCGAGUGUCAGAAAAAGAAGUCCAAGUGCUCUGGUGCGACCCCAUGCACGACAUGUGUGAACGAGAGUCGCCAGUGCUUGUAUGAUGCAGCCCGUGAUCGGAGACGCAAGGCCCAUACCACCGAGCUGUUAAACAUCCGUGGCGCCCUUUGGCGAAUUGCUGCCAAGCUGCGCUGUGGAACGCCGGAAGAGAUAUCAUGGUUGAUCUGUGAGAUCCAAGACCUGCCAACAGAUCAAGAUGCAAUCAAUCAUCUUGUUUACGGAUACUUAUUGCAUAAAAAGCUGGAAACUCUUUGA